CCCAGAGAGCACAGAGCAGGAAGUAUGCUGCUGCGCUCCAUUCGCGCUUCGCUCCCCACCAUCGUCCGCCGCUUCUCGGCGGAGGCGGCGGCGGCGGAGAUCCCGGAGACCGCGUCUGCAUCCGCCACAGCGGACACGACGGUCGCUCCGGAGGCGGCCUCCGCAUCCGCCGCGGUGGACACGGCGGUGGUUCCGGUGGCGGAGUUUCCGGUGGAGGCCUCGGCGUCCACGGCCACGGACAAGGCGGCUGAUAGCCCUGCGACCACGGUUGCCUCGGCCUCCACGGCGGCGAAGGUGUCGGAGGGGGCGGUUAUUCGCCAACGGGAUGAGGGAGGGCGCACGGACGACGAAACCCAGCUCCGUCGCACCAUCUCAAUGCUUCGCAAAUUCAAGCGCUACGAGCGCGCUCUAGAGUUAUGUAAAUGCAUGACACUGCGGCAAGAUGUGAAGUUGUUCCCGAGAGACUAUACGGUCCACUUAGAAUUAAUUGAUAAAGUUCACGGUCUAAGCAGUGCGGAGAAGUUCUUUGAGGAUCUCCCUGCUGAGGAGAGAUGUCCAAGUACCUGCAAUGCUCUGCUCGGUCUCUACGCCCAGAAGCUUUUGCCUGACAAAGCUGAGGCCUUAAUGGCAAGAAUGUCAACUUGGGGUUUCUUGAAGAGCCCCGUUCCCUAUAACCACAUGAUAUCGCUGUAUACCUCCAAUGGACAACUGGAGAAGGUCCCUGGAGUGAUUGAGGAGUUGAAAAGGACCGCUUCACCAGACACCAUGACGUUUAAUCUGUGGCUGAAUGCGUGCAAGGAGCGAAAUGAUGUUGGAGCUGCUGAAAAGGUUUUCCGGGAGAUGGAGAGUUCACAAAUGCGUCCUAACUGGGUGACCUACAGUAUUCUCGCCAAACUUUAUAUAAAGAAUGCCGCUCUGGAAAAAGCAUCACUCACGGUGAAGAAGAUGGAGAGAAGGAUUUCACUCGGAGAUCGGGCUGCGUACUCAUCCCUCCUUACUUUGCUCGCAGACAUGGGAGCUAAAGACGGGGUUCAUCGGAUAUGGAAUAGGAUGAGAUCAUGCAUUCCAAAAUUGAAUGACAAUGAAUAUGCUUGCAUGAUAUCUGCGGUUGCAAAGUUUGGGGAAAUGGAAGAAGCUGAGAAGCUGUACACCGAAUGGGAGCGGGUUUCUAAACCUCGCAAUCCUAGCAUGGCAGACAUACUUGUUGCUGCUUACGUAAACAAUGGCGCAAUGGAGAGAGCAGAGAACAUCUACAAACGAGUUGUAAAGAAUGGGGUCACUCCUCGUUACACUACUUGGAGGCAUCUGACACGGGGUUAUCUGAAAGAGAAGCAAUUGGAUAAAGCUCUUUAUUAUCUGUACAUGGCUAUUGCCGGUGUAGAAAAAUGCGUUUUUGACCGAGAGUUAAUUGUAGAAGUAUUUAAGAACCUAGAGGAAAGUGGAAACGUCGUAGGUGCAGAGGAACUUCUUGUUGUUAUGCGGAAUGCUGGCCAUGUCAAUACCGAGGUCUAUAAUUCGCUUCUCCGGACUUAUGCCAAAGCCAGUCUAAGGCCACUCUUUGUUGCGGAGCGGAUGGAGAAAGAUAAUGUUCGGAUGGAUGAUGAGACGUCAAAGCUUCUGUUAGGAGCUAGCAAAUUGCACUGACCGCAUCGAAAGUUUUCCUGAGACAGUUUGAGGAUUAUUCUGGAACGAAUGGAGGAAAUGUCCUCGUGUGUGAAGGUGGAUGAUCAAGGACCUUGAUUAUCAUGGCAAAUUGGAUCGCAUUUGCCAUGUGAUCGAAUGUAUAUACAACCAUUUCUUGGAAUUACAAGAAAUGUCUGGUCAUCCGGCCUUUCGAUUGCAAAUAAUCAAGGCAAUGAACUGAGUUUCUCGGUUCAGAAUCAAAUAUCACUUGGGUGAGCACCUUCAUUUCAAAGUCGUCUUUCUAUCGAGUCCUCUCCGAUCUUUUAGAGCCUCCAUCCAUCCCUCGCGAGCAGCCCCGGUCACUGCUAGCCAUAUUUGCAUUUUGCUUAGAUUGACAAAAGCAUUGGGAAGUUUUCUUUCUUUUUCUCUUUUCCUCCCUCUGUACCGGCCUCGAAGAAGAGAAAGGAGAUAAACUUCAAAUUUCAUUAAAUGCCAAACGAGACAGAGAUCAUUUGAAUA